AAUCAAAUCUCAACACUUGAAUAACAUUUCAGUAAAUUUCAAGGAAAGCCAUACGAAGACGAGGUCUGGAUCUCUGAUCUCUCCAUUUUACAUUCAUUCUCUCUACUUUCGCAUAUCUUCGUUUUCAGAUUCUUGAACGGCUUCGAAGGGAAAUUUGUAUUCCCAGAGUUAUUCGAGUGGGAGGAAGACGAACCCGAACCCUACUUGAUUGAUUUUUAUCUGUAAAAAAUUGAUCCGAAAUCUCGGUUGGAUCCGUAGAUCUGCUGCUUCUAUCGAUCGAGGUUUCUACACGAGGAAGGUGAAGAAUCUGCGCUUGUCGAUGUUUGAUUAGUUGCUUCGGUAAUGUCAUUGGGGAUUGAAUCAUAAAAAGUGUUCCAUUGUGAGAGGUUGCUAUGAGCGUUUGUGGAAGCUGUUUCUUCUCGUUUUGGAUUGGAAUUAUCGAGAGGACAUGAUUGAUCAGUGUUAGUUUUCUCAUUUGUUACCUAAUCUGGUCUGGCUAGUCUGUGAUUAAGCCCAAAAAAAAAAGAAAAGAAAAAGUAAUGAAGUUUUGGAGGGAACGUGAAAGGGAAAAUAAGGAGCAGAUCGUAGCUCCAUUGUGCGGGCAAGUUCGAGUAUUGGUUGUUGGUGACUCAGGUGUUGGAAAAACAUCACUUGUACACCUCAUCAACAAAGGUUCUUCUAUUGUUCGCCCAUCUCAAACAAUUGGAUGCACAGUUGGUGUCAAGCACUUAACCUACGGGAGUCCAUCUAGUUCGUCAAGUAGCAUUCAAGGUGACUCAGAGAGAGAUUUCUUUGUUGAACUCUGGGAUGUAUCAGGACAUGAGAGAUACAAAGAUUGCCGUUCAUUGUUCUAUUCACAAAUCAAUGGAGUUAUUUUUGUUCAUGAUCUCUCCCAGAGAAGAACAAAGACAAGCUUGCAGAAAUGGGCGUCUGAGGUUGCAGCCACUGGAACAUUUUCAGCUCCUCUUCCCUCAGGGGGUCCUGGUGGUCUUCCUGUUCCAUACAUUGUUGUUGGCAACAAAGCAGAUAUAGCUGCAAAAGAAGGAACAAAAGGAAGCAGUGGAAAUCUCGUUGAUGCAGCUCGUCAUUGGGUUGAGAAGCAAGGUUUGCUUCCUUCUUCAAGUGAGGAUCUUCCUCUCUUUGAAAGCUUUCCUGGUAAUGGCGGUCUCAUAGCUGCUGCCAAAGAAACCAGAUACGAUAAGGAAGCUUUGAACAAGUUUUUCCGGAUGUUGAUAAGAAGAAGAUAUUUCUCAGAUGAACUACCAGCAGCUUCACCUUGGUCUCUUUCGCCGGGUCCAACCUCAUCAUCCCAACGGUUAGACGAGAUCACAAGUGAUGACGAUCAGUUUUACAAGCGAACAAGUUUACAUGGAGAUCCUUACAAGUACAACAACACAUUACCGCCACUUCCAGCACAACGCAACCUAACUCCGCCUCCUACACUAUAUCCGCAGCAACCAGUGUCUACUCCUGAUAACUACGCCAUCCCAAGAUUCUCUCUUUCCAGUGUACAAGAAACAACCAACAAUGGCAGUGCAAGAUCUAAGCGAAUGGAUAUAAACGUCUGAAAUCUCAUCACUUGUUUGCUCAUUCUCAUUCCAAGAAAACUUGAUGUUGCCUUUGGAUCUAUUAUUCUUUUAUGAUUUUUCUUUUUAGGCGGUAAAGUGAAUAUGUGUGUAAACCCUCUUUGGUUUGUACAUUGUGGGUUUUUUUUUUUAAUCUUUAUAGUAGAUUCUUUGAAAUCUUGUUCUUUUUUUUUGUUUUUUGUUUUUUUUUUUCUGGUUAUCAUGUAUUAAAAACAGUGAAUACUCACAAAAUCACAAUAAAUUUUUUGUUGAAUUUC